UACACCCAUAUUUUAGCCUUCACACUCAACUGUUACGAGUGCGUACCCGGGGAAUCGGGAUCAUGCGUGGAGACCCAGAAGACAUGUCCCAGUUCCACUCAAUGUGCAGCAAUGAGGGUCACAUCUUACGCGGGAGAGUCAAAAGUCGUAGAUAUGACCGUGAAGCACUGUGCUGCGCCUGCUGAGUGCCUGACAGGGUCACUUAACUUAGGAAUCUCAAGGACAUUGCUAAAUAGCAAGUGCUGCACCACGGACCUCUGCAACUCUCAGACUGUCCCAGUAUCCAGCAGUGGUACCCCAAAUGGGAAACAGUGCUACACAUGCAACGGCCAGGAUUGCCUCAACAUUCUAAACUGCCUGGGGGACGAGAAUAGCUGUAUCUCCACUACAACUGACGUCUCAGGCCAGAAGGUUUCCAUGAAGGGAUGUGCCAGCAAGAGUAUGUGUGAAGGGUCCAUGUCAGCUCAACUGCCAGGCAUAAGCGUCAAGGUGGACUGCUGUGAAGACAACCUGUGCAACGACGCGGGAAGCCUCGCCGCGAGCCUGCUGCUCCUGGUGGCCCCCCUGCUCUCUGUCGCCCUCUUCCACUGAGAAGCACAGUCCAAUGAUGAUUCACCUCAUACAACCAUCUUUCUCUGCUGCUUUCCUCUCCAUCGCAUCCCUUUGCCAUCUUUGUUUUGUGCCUUUUACUUAAUGUGGUGUCUAGGGGAUAUUUCUUUGUGUGUUUUACAGAAGUCGAUCUGUUCAUCAUGUCUCGUGAUCCAUACCCAUCUUUGGAAUGCACAACACACCCCAACUUCCUCUCCCCCCCCCCCCCUUCCUCAAUAACCUGACUAUCCCUAAAAAUGGUUGUAUACUGAAGCAAUUUGAACACACUAUGCACUGUCUCUAGAUCUCCAAUUUGUGACUAUUUUGAGUCGUUUAAUAAUGACAAUGAGAUUUAUUUUUUUAUCAUACACAUCCAUUGUUGCCGGGGUUACAGCCGCAAACCUUUUGAGUGUACCCCUGAAUAAAAUUUUUAUAUCUACAA